AUGGAUACCGGCAUCAUCGAUUGGUCACAGCGUGCGCGGAACCGCCAAGAGCGGGAGUUCUGGGCGGCAUUCCGCGUCCCCUUCGUGUUGCCCAGAGAGCGCCAGCGCUUGGCAGCGUCUGGGAUAUCGCCUUGGCGGGCCCCGCCCACCUCAGGCCCGAGAGCCCGCGUGGGCUUCAAAUCGCCCCGGUUUUCCCAGGGUGCUCUGGUGUGGUUUUUAUGUUUUGAAAGCCAGCUGCUUCGGUGGCAAAAGAACAAUCUAUCGCGGUUCGGACUAUUUCCCAACGUGGUUCACGAAUGA